AUGAACACGGUGAUUGCAAUGGCUCUCUUGGCUGUAUAUGAAAUCGGCCAGCCCAGCACAGCAGCAAAUGUGAUGACGACACUCAGCUCAGCUUUGGCGCUCAUUGGCGCUUUCCAGCUAACUCGAAUGGACGAUCCAAAUUUCUCAACAUCCGCUCAGUGGCUGUCCAAGCCCAAGAAUUGGGUUGUGGAAGAAGGCCGCCGUCGAGUUGUCUGGAUGAUCAUCAGUUUAGCACGAUGGGUGGCUGUUGUUUCGGCACGAGCUCCCCAAGCCUUGAGGAGGUCCGACAUCCAGCUACUUCUGCCUGUCAGCAAUAAUGCUUGGGUUUCCGCUGUGAGUGGCUCUAGUCAAUGCGCCCCUGUUCUUGGGGAGUUUUUCCUAAUCGAUUACAAGGGCAAUACCAGACCUGGGACGGAGUUAAUACUCCAGGCUAAUGGCUGCAGUACAUCGGGCCCUUUUGCUCGAUUCGUCCAGGCUCAAGACUUCGUCGCCCAGCUCCAAGAAUUUAAACAGUCUCAACACGACCCAGCACAUGAUCCUCAGACACAACACAAGCGAGGAUCAGAACUAUAUACUGCCAUGCAAAGAUUCAUACAGGAGUUCCCGUUAGAUUGGGAACAACAAAUAUCGCGCCGCGAUGAAUGCAUGCUAGAUUCCACGACACUAUGCAUAGCUCACUGGUGGGUAUCUCCAUACAAGGAAUUCCUCACACUGGGCGUGCGUGUCUAUUACUUCAUGGACCACAACCACAACAAGUCCCGAUAG